UGUGCAUAUUUUGGUCCAAAGAAUCCUUCAACUGUUUUGGCCAGCUAUAAUCUGUGAACAUUGUAUCAACAGUAUUUAACGAUCGAAUAUGUCGGACACAACUUUUUCAGCAACACCAUUCCCCAAAGUGUCAGCCAUGAAUUCAACCCAGCAAUUCCUUGACAACAUGGAGCCAACUACAGGUAUAGGCAAGUGGGUUUGCCAUUUGUUGAUUGAAGAAGGAGUCAUUGGUGUCUUGGGAAACCUCUUAGUGUGCUUCGUCAUUCUACGUGUCAAAUUCCUACACACUAUGACAAACUACCUGCUGGUGAAUUUGGCUGUGGCUGAUAUGCUGGUGUGUCUAGAGUGUAUUUUUUAUGGUCUAAUAUAUUAUGAAAACUGUAAAAUAAUUGACUAUGUGCCCAAAACCUUUGGUGGAAAGGUUGUUUUCUGCUGCUUCCUGCAAUCUAACUUUUUGGGAUGGGCUUUGUCCUAUGCAUCUGCUUACAAUCUCUGCGUGGUAACUUUCGAGAGAUAUGUUGCUUUAGUGCAUCCACUACAGUAUGCACGGAAACUCACAGCAACACGGAUGAAAACUCUGAUUGCUCUGAUCUGGGUGACAUCAUUUCUAUUUUCGUUACCAUUUUUAUUUACAUUGAAACCCAGCAAUGAUCCAGACCUGGCUUGCUCAGAAAUUGAAUACCAAGACAAUACAUUUCACAUUCUGCUUGGAGUAUUUGCAUUUUUUCUCAGUUACUUGCUGCCAUUAACAUUGAUGAGUUGGGCCUACUACAAGAUACACGUCACUCUCAAACGACAAGCAAAAGCCCUGAACCUGCAACAUGCAAGGGCAGCAGCCUAUGAUCUUGUGAUUGCCAGACAGCGUCUUGUCAGAAUGCUUACGAUGGUCUUAGGAGCUCUGAUCAUCCUAUGGACACCAAUUAACACAAAUUUUCUUCUCUGCAUAAAUCCAACAUUUUCUUUUUGUGGUUCAAAAGGCUUCAAGUACUUCGAAGCAAUUACUUGUAUUAUGUUAUAUUUUAAUUCAGUCAUUAAUCCCAUCAUCUAUGAGUUGAAAUACAAGAAAUUCCGACAAGGACUCAAGCUAACUUUUUGUUGCUGUCACAAAAGCCACGGCGCUAACACAGUUGACAUUGCGAUGGUUCCCCUAUGAAUACAGUUAGCAUUGGUUAUAUUCUGCAAGUUCACCAUUUCUAAGCUAUAUAGGAUAGUACAGUGUAGCAUAGUAAUGUACCAAUCAGCCAGCACUGAUUUCUUAACCC